AUGCCGUUUGAGCGAUCCGCGUCGAAUGGCACCUUGAAGAUGGGCUAUUUGGCAAAUGCGCCAGCUGCUGCAAAGAAUCCGUUUUCGGAAAUGGGGGCGGACGGCUUUCUAAAUGGAAAUGAGGAUGCCCUUAAGAAGCAAGAGACAACUUCAGAAAAACAACCCCGACGUAUUUUCCAGUUCAUGCGUAACCCCUUUGCAAAUAUGGCAAGUGCGGACGGCGAAGAUUCUGCUGGGGACCUGCGGUAG